AUGCCCCGCAUCACGCUCGAGCUCCUUCGGAAGCGCGCCGAGCACAAUGAGGGCGUUGUCGCGACGCUUGAAGAGAUCUCGUUGCACCAAGAAGAGAUCGAGAAGAUCGAGGUCAUUGGCACGCUCUGCAAGAAGCUGCGCAUCCUGUACCUCCAGAACAACAUCAUCGAGCGGAUCGAAGACCUUUCGCACAUGAAGGACCUGCGCUACCUCAACCUCGCGCUCAACAACGUCAAGCGCAUCGAAGGUCUGCGUAACUGCGAGUUUCUCGAGAAGCUCGACUUGACCGUCAACUUCAUCGAUGUCGACGCGCUGGCCGAGAGCAUCAACCAUCUCAAACCGCUCGAGCAUCUCCGCGAACUGUACAUGCUCGGAAACCCAGCGCAGUCCGACUGGCCGGGCUUUGCCGCCUACAUUACUGCAUCGCUGCCACGCCUGCAGAUGCUCGACGGCAAGGAAAUCACAAAGAGUGACCGUAUCAAGGCCUUGCAGCAGCUACCCACGCUACGCGCCGAGCUGGCUCAUCUCGUAGCAGCCAAGAAGGCUCGGACCCUUGCCGAGAUGGACGUUAUCGAGGUCGUGAGCGGUGGCUUCACGGAUAUCUCCUCGAAUCAAGUCACGCACAUCGAGCACGACGAGAAGGUUCCUUACACGCCCGAGACGCGCCGCAGUAUGUACAUGGAACUGGCCGAGCAAAAGGAAGAAGAAGAAACCCGGAAGCGCGCAAACCAGCCGCGCGACCGAGACCCUGAGGCUGAGCAUACGGCGGCCCUUGAGAAGACGCGGCGGCUCGAUCAAAAUGGUGUCAUCCGCCAGUGCAACGAAGGCAAGUGGAAAUUCCACCUUGACGACGAGACAAAGCCCGGCUACGUUGUACUCGAGGUCUUCGUGCCCAAGUACCUGGAUUCAUCCCUCAUACACGUCGAUGUGCACCCGAUGCACGUUUCGAUCACGAUCAAAAACAAGCUUCUACGCCUCCGAUUCCCCGAGGAGGUCAAGUGCGACCAAGGCUCAGCGCUGCGGUCUAAGACAACGGGCGCGCUGCAGUUAACUGUCGAGAAAGUCGACCCGCGCAGUGUGCAGCGAGCACUGCGCGCAAAGGCGCACCGCGAACAAGCUAGUUGCGACCACGACGAAGAGCCAAACGCGCCGGCACCGAAGUCACUCCAAGCCCAAUUGUUGCGGUCGGCCGUCCAGAUUCGAGGUCUCGUAGCGCGCCCCGAAGCUGCGGAGGAGGCUGUGGCUCGGAAAAUCCACGCCCAGUCGUCUCGAUCUCUAAGCGCUGCGACGAACGACGUCGAUGCGCCCCCACUCCUCUUUUAG